GCUGGGAAUGCACAGCUCAUUUCAAGAAGCUAGCUAGAUAGGGUUUUCCAAAACUCUCUUCAAGCUUAGCUUCCCAGUUCCCACCAUGGAAGAUAGACUGCGUUUGGCAGUGGGAGUAAUGGGUAACGCCGGCAGCUUGAUGCUCUACUCUGCACCAAUGUUAACUUUUGCGACGGUGAUCAAGAAGAGGAGUACGGAAGAGUUCUCAUGCGUUCCUUACAUACUCGCACUGUUCAACUGUUGUCUGUACACGUGGUAUGGCCUGCCGGUGGUGAGUCACCGGUGGGAAAAUUUUCCGGUGGUCACCAUUAAUGGACUCGGGAUUGUUUUAGAGCUCUCCUUCAUUCUCAUUUACUUUUGCUUCGCCUCAAACGCCGGAAAGAAGAAGGUGGCGCUGAUGAUGAUUCCGGUGGUGGGGAUGGUUUUGGCCACCAUGGCGAUAUCCACUUUCAGCUUCCAUGAUCAUCGUCGCCGGAAAGUGUUCGUCGGCAGCGUUGGACUCGUCGCCUCCGUGUCAAUGUACUCUUCUCCUCUUGUGGUGGUGAAGCGAGUGAUAAAGACAAAGAGCGUGGAAUAUAUGCCAUUCUACUUGUCUUUCUUUUCGUUCGUGACCAGCUCACUUUGGAUGGCUUAUGGGCUUCUGAGCCACGAUCUUGUUCUUGCGUCUCCGAACCUUGUGGGGUGCCCACUGGGCAUGCUGCAGCUUCUGCUCUACUGCAAGUACAGGAAGAAGGAUCAGACGGUGGGUGAAGAGCCACACAAAUGGGAUUUAGAAAGCUCUCACGAUGAUGAAGAUAAUACUAAGCUGAACAAUGGAGAAGCCGUUGGUGCAGUUAAACUGGAAGCCUAACACCACAUAUCAUUUUGGAACCUAUUCUGCAUGAAUGGAGAUCAGAUAGAUGCAUGCAGUGUUUACAAAGUUUAAUUUAGUGUUGGUAGGAAUAUAAUCAGUUGGACCCACCCAUCACUCGAAAACAUGCAUUGGAUAAACCUUAUUUAUAUGUAUGUGAACCCUUAGUUCGUAUAUAUAUAUGUUGCCCAUGCGGGCAACUUCUUACUAUAGUGUGACGUUAUCUCUAAGUCACGUAAAAAUUAAGCAUAUAGUUAAGUGUUCAAACUCAUGUGUAUGCAUCAACAUCCUUGGAAGAGUUGUCCCGAAUGAGGUCUAACCAAGGUUUGGCUGAAUAGUCGCAUCAAGGGGUGCAGACACCAUUGUAGUAUGUUAAAAAGAAAAAACGAAAACGUCAACUUGCCAUGCUUGAAUUAAUUGUCA